AUGCGCCGUCCGGGAACGCUGCCCAAUUCCGGCACGUCCGGACAUCGUGCUGCCGCCGCUAUAGAGGACGGCUCCACGCCAUUGAGCGUCGCCGGCGAUAAUUGCUCGUCGACCGGCGCCAGGUUACAUUACUCCAAUCACUCUUUACGCCGCACGCCGCAACCGCCCCAUCUGCCACCUCGCGACACCGACAGCUCCUCGGAAAGAACGCAGAACGACUCGAGGCUUCAAAACGGUAUACCCGGACACCAUCGUGCGCCUCCGCCCCUUCCUUCCAGACACCAAUCGUCCUGCAGCCAAUCUUCCUACCCUACCCUGCCUAUGAACGGCCACGCGACUCAUCAGUUCCAUCAUUUCCCACGCGAGAAAGACAGAUCGUCGGCUCGCGAGAGGAGUCGCGAUCGGGACGUAGGCCUGCAAUCCGUCCCUCAUCGGUCCGACAAGCACCGAGAUCUUCAGAUGGAGAUGGAGAUACGCGACGGGCUGGACAUGGGCGAAAUAGGAACUUAUCGAGCGUAAAGAUACGCAGCACGAAAACGGGAACAAGGUGAACUCGUUUCGGAGAAGGCCAAAGCGCGGAUAGGCCGAGCGAAUUGAAUCGAAGACUGAAUUCGAACGUCGAAUAGAGACUAUCUGGCGGGUGAACGAGAUUCAAAUAGACCGCAGUUUACGCGUCUCCGUCCGAUUUUCGCGCACGCACGUGAUACGGUCGAAGAGGCAAAGAUGCAUCGAAGCGUUAGCCAGCAAACGAUAUCGAUGCAAUCGCGAUGGAAUUGGCCAACUCACGACUAAAUCAAAUCGAAGACUGAUUACGACGGACAUCGGUGAACAAUAUCGACAAGUAAUUAACCGAUACCGGUACAUUCCAAUCACCUGUCUGCCAGUCUUCGCUGGGAUCGGCCAACACCAAUUUCAAUCAAAUUACAACGUUUUGGUCGAUGCAGUUUCUCUGAACGUCGAUUGUAUCGCGUCGUUGUAACGGCUCAACGAGAAAUCUCCAAUUUUUGCUGCAAAGAACAACCGAAAGGAACGUAUAGAAAGAUACGCGAGUUAUUUUAACGGAAACGAUGCUUCGCGUCAGGAAUACGAAGAACAAGAGUAUAUCCGAUGGAAAUAAGAAGAGAAAGGAGGAUUAAUCGCGCAUGCGAAUCAAACGAAAGAGUCGAUAAUGAAAACGUCACGAUGCCGAAGAAAAUUGGUCGAUAGGAAGAAAGGCCGACCGGCUAUCGAGAAUUAUCAGAAGGUAUCGAUACGUUUCGUUAGACGUGGACGUUACGUUCGCCUCACGAUAGUUCAGUGACUCUAAGAGCGCUCCAAGGACUUCACGGUAAAAGGAAACCGACUCUACGAGGCAAGAUGGAUCAGAUUGAAACGCGCGCGUGUGAAACGUCCGUGAAGAACUGUGUCGAAAAGACCGACGGAAGACGAGUUCAGUGUACGUUACCGCAAUGGUUUUACGCGCAACUAUAGAACGGUCGUCUUCGUCGUGAACAGAAAGAAAAUCGCAUGUUCGACACAUCGAUGACUUUGAAGAUCUUUCGCGAAGAAUUCGUAAAGGCGAAAGCAGAAGAGAAGAAGGUUGAAGGAAGAUGAAAGUUCCAGACGAACUUGCUGAGAACGACGUUCGACGAACGUGCCAAUGUUCGAACCGUAAAAGCACCUCGUUUGUAAACGUAAUUCUGAAAAGUUCGUAGAGCGAAACAACCGAAUCGAAAUCCAAAGAAACGAGACUCGUCGGUUACGCUCCCUUCUCGUCGCUGUCGCUCGCGAACGAUCCGACGAAAUCAUUUCGGGAAUCAUACCGCGCUCAUGGUGAGAAUCGCGGUGAAUUUUCAAGCGCCUUAGAAAGCGAAUAACUUGAGAAGAAAGACGCCGAGUCGUAUUCGGAAUGCUCUACUAAGCGUUUCGAUCAUUCGUUGUAUCGUAUAUGCCCGGCUGGUAUCAUACGUUAUACGUAUGUAUCAUAUAUUUCGUAUUUAUUGGCGUGGUUUUAGAUAACUUUAUAUCUAUCUUUGUAUUUUCUGUAUUAUUUAAGGAAACAACCGACUGCUUUUUUACAUUUCCUUGAGAUUUGUACAUUUUUUCUCCCAGAAGAGUCGAGCUGAUUAACCUUGUAAAUUAUUGUAAAGAUAUUUUUUAAAUUUAGUCGUGUACAAAGAAAAAAUGUACGAAUUUGUAAUAGAACACCUAUUUUCUGAGUACGAUUCGUAAUAAAUGAACGCUCGCACGAAACUCCGCUGCAUGUGCUCGUGUACUUUCAGAUAUAAUAAAAAGUCGACCGCUUAAUUAUACCUAAACCGUGAAAUAUCACAACAAAGGACGGUCUCAAGUUCACAACCUACGUGAUGAAAUCAAAGGAACCUUCAAGAUCGAAAGUAACUUGGACGAAGUUGACUACCGAGAAUAAUCGCUCGACUGGAAUAUUCUCCUUCGCGAAUCUGGAACAUAAAUGUAUAACGAACUUUCUUGGACCGGAAGGAACUUUCGUGAAACUGGAACUUGAUUGUGAACUUAGGCUUCAACUAUUCAGGACGACAACACUGUCUCACGCUCUUUCGGAUCGCCAUCCAAUUGUACUUAAAACAAGCGCUUGAAACAAUUUUCUAUUUAAGUCCGUGUGUCUUUGACUCGUACUACCGUUAUUAUUCUAUUCUCUACUUCUAAAGAAAAGUUUGAACUGCAGAACAGAAGAAAUUUCUAUGUUAAUUUCCAUGCGUUUCAUUCGAUAGAACGUACAUUUCGCUUAUUCGUUUCAACCUCGCUCCGGUUCAACAACGAGUCGACGUUCUAGUUGAUAGCUAAAGCUACACGUAUGCUGUCGAACGUUCAUCGAAAGAUCCUUCGAUUUUCUGGCAUCGGACAAUGGCUGCAUUAACAAAUCGAACUAUUAGAAGACGCUUUCAUUUGUGGAGAAUAAAAUGUGUAUCGUAAGAGAUGUAUUCUCGUUCGACGUAGAAUCGUAACUAUAUAUAGUAUAUUUUAAUGGAGCGAAUUUUAUUUUCCAAACGAAGCGUGAAUAUGUAGACGCGUGACAUAGUUCAACGAACCGUACAAGUCGUAGGUAUUCGAUCGUUAAAAUUUAAGAAUUAAUUUGUAGCGUCUCGUCGAUGCAGAUACGUAUAUCAUUGCCAACGUCGAAAUUCCUGCUAUAAAGAUUACCGUUCGAAGCUGCUGUAUCGCUAAUCAAAGUGUCUCGACAGCCUGUAAGCUUCCCUGGCUGCUAAACUUUUGCUUUUUAAACUCACUAUUUCACUGCGACGACCAGAAAAAAAAGAGGAGAAAGGGAAAAAGGCAAGGAAAUACCUCAGAGUGUAAAGAAUUUUACGAUAAAGCUAGAAAUUUCGGUUGUCGUGCAAUGCUGUACCCGUCGUGAAAAUCGAUUGGCAAGACACGAUACCUAUACACGAUUCUGGUCGCCCGGCCAGCUGUUAACCGACUAGAAGCAAAAACUUAUCAACGUAUUGAAACGUAUUUUACGAUUUACGUGUACUCGUACUUUAACCGCGAUCGUUUCACCGCCAACUCGAUAGCGAUCGAAGCUCGAGCAGACUUUUCCGUUGUUAUUCAGAACCGUGUACAUUUCAGAAUAGCUGGCGGUCGUUUUUAUCCUACUGGGACAUAGGUGGACAUUAAAGGUGUAGGGUGUUCGGUAUCUCGAUGCAAAAUUAUUGGUUCCGUGUAGAUACGGAAUAUCGUGAACAAUGAUAGGCCGCGGUGAGACAGAGCCACAGGCAUUGAAAAACGAUCGUAAGCUAACGAUAUUCGAACAGCUCCCGAUUUCUUUUCGGACACGUUCGUUCGUCCGCUGGUUUUUAGAAUCAAACUCAAAAGUAUAAAAGAAUAUCUGCGAUAUUAUAUAUCUCGAGAUUGUAAAUAACAUUACCUAUAUCGUUUACAAAGAUUUCCUUUGGUUGUAACAGGUGUAUAUGCAUUUUUCACGCGGUCGGAAUACAGUGUAUCUUCGUCAAGUACAGAGUAUCAUUCGGAUAACUCAGUUUACUGGUAUUUCCUCGUCUCGGGUUUGUCGCUGCCUCGCCGUUUGCUAAUUACGCGACUGCAAUUACGUGACUACAAUACGAUAAAAACAGCUUAUCGGUAUUCGAUCGAACGUUGUCAGAAACGUCGUUCUAAUUUCUAAAGUCAAACUUUCGACGAGAAAAACCACGAUCCAUAGUUCGGCUCGUUAUCGAAAGUAACCGACAUUCCGUGACUGAGAGACGUCUUAAAUUCGUCCCUCGAUACCAUCAAAAUCCUGUUUCAAACAGCACGAACGAUAUCUCUCUUUCGAUCGGCCAACCAACAACGUUAAGCAUUCUCGUUGGUGACACGAUACUCGAGACAUUCUUUAUCCAGUUCGAGUCUACGCAAACUUUUUCCUAUUCAGGAUAUAAAACGGAAAAGAAAUGCCAACUUUGAGAUAAUAAUCGAUAACUAUAUAUAUAUAAUGCUCUCUAAAGUAAGCGAGCAAACUUUUUGGUCGACGCUCGUAUACUAAAAUUAAUAAUUCGUGUCAACAAUUUCAGUUGCUGACGUUAAAAAACACAUUUCGUCUCUUACGAAAACACAGAAAGGCAAAUUUAUGAUAAGAUACAUGCAAUGAAUGAAUUUUACGUUAUGGGACGGAAAAACGCUAUACUGACAUUUACAACCGAUAGACGGGCUCGUCGAGAGUGAAAUUACUUAAAAUCUCGUUAUAAUAACAUGGGUAGCGUGAAAGAACAUAGAAAUCGUACAAAAGAUAUAUUUAGCCGGUUUAGCUAGUCUAGUUGAUUGCACAUUGUACGCGGUUUUGCGCAUGUGUAUCGCGCUGCAACUCGGCGGAGCUCGGUUGGAAAAGAUGAGAAGCUCGCGCGACGAGAUUAUUUUUCCGGCCGAGUGUACCCUGUGGAAUUCCACGGUCACCCCGGUCGAGAAAGGUGACUGCACCUUGAAUCGGCUCUCGCGCGCGGAUCCCAACCGUGGAGAAGCUAAAUUCCAGUUCAGGCCUUUGAACGAGCUUCGAUUCCGGAAUAGGUUUCGAGCAGCCAUUCGCCAGCUAUUGUUUCGAAGAAGAACGAGAAAGUCCUGUGCGCGUUUCCUAAUCGCUGGUUUUCAUGCGGGAAUACGCGCGUGCAAAUUCCCUAUUUAAGAUUUUUUUACUUCAAACGGACAUUUUGAAAGAACUUUACUUCUUCGGACGUGUCACUCUAAAUUGACGAUAUUUAAUAAUUUCGUUUUAGGAAUCAUCGAGCAUUCGUCGAAAAUCCGUAAUCGGAUAGCGAUAAUACAUCGAUAGGCGCGCGGUACAAUCAGCUGCGUCGAUGCUGGUAAAUGGAAAGAGCAAUUCAAACAGUUCAGCAUUCAACGCUUCAUUCAGAAUUGAACAAACUUUGUCCGACAGAAUAUGUCAGUAUAGUAUCUGUGUUCGCAACAAGUAGCUUUUAAAAAUUCAGUAUCUAUCCGGUACAUGUCAGUCUGACCCAUCCGUUUCGAUCGCACUAUCGUGUUUGGGAAAGUUUUCAUUCAUAAACGUCAGUGAAAAACAUUUAUUAACUCGAAAAUGGAUUAACACGCGUGUACGUAGUAUUUUACAUUUUGUUUGUUGGGAACGUUAAAUCGAUGACUGUUAAAGGAUUCCCAAUUCUGUACACGAGAGAGAAAAAAUUGCUCACCGAUAUGAGUACCUGAUACGUUUCAUAUUUCGUUUAAUCGCGACCGGUAUCCAUUUGCUUUAACUUGCGACAAAAUGGUAAAAAUGAUUAAGCAAUUCGAAAAAUUAUCCCAUAGAUUUCGUUGAACUAAUAAUCUAAAAUUACAAACGUUUCGCUUCUACAACCGAAGACAAUUGAAUUAAGCGCAUGGAUUAAAUUAUCAGGCGAUAAUUCUAUAUUCUCGAAUAGUCGAGAUUAAGUAACGGAUAUAUUAAAUUUUGUAUUUUGUAAAACGAACGUAUAUGUCAUAUACUUCGUUCUAUUAUGCUAGAACAAACAUUUAUCAAACUAAUCGGCUUCGAUUCUCUUGCGUGAUCCUUUAAAUUAUAAAUUUAAAUAUGAUACUAGAAAUCGAGUGCCAUUGCAAUUUACCAACGUAUUCGAAACAUACGUUUCGUAGAUUACCAGUCUUUCGUACUAUUCUAUAUUUUUUUUUACCUACUAAUUUAUUUAUUCUAAUUAAAAUUUUUUAUCUUAUAAUAAAUUGGUAUUUUUUUGUUGCAAUAUAUAUUUCUUUUAACGUAACCAUUUAAAUCUCCAACGUAAUUACUAAAAUUUCGACUAUUUCUUCAAAAAUAUGUUCGAUCGAUGUCUCGAGAAGCGUUAUGAUCAGUUGUUCGCUGUUAUAAAUCAGCAAUUAAAUGCUAAUGUGUCUCCGGAAAUAUUGACCAUCUUAAAACUUUAUUUUAUUAAGACGGAACGGACGAUAGAAAUAUAAAAGAAAAAGAUAUGCGUAUACAAAACCUCGAUCAAGACGUGUUUUCAACAAGUGGUUAAAAGAUAAUUGAAAACGGAAUAAGUAAUCAAAGUUGCGGCAUAUUUUACGAAGCAACCUAAUGUCUGUAAUAAAAUAUUCAUAAGCAUCUAUUAUGCGGACAUGCGUACUUUAAGAAACUAUUUUUUUUUUUUUUUUUUUUUUUUUUUUUUUUUUUUUUUUUUUUUUUUUUUUU